ACUUUGUCAAUUUCGUUUCUGUUUCUAGUUGCUUUUGGUUUGUGACCCCUUGCGUUCGUUUUAAGUCUUUCUUUCUUUUGGUUUACACGUUAAUUUCUGAUUUAAUUCACGCAGGAAUCUUACAAUUAUUUGAAUAAUUUUUUUUUUGAAAAUUUAUAAAUUUAACGAAUAAUUGAGUACCAAGACGAGCAAAACUGAGAUUCAAGAUUCUUAGUUUUGGUAAUAUAUGAAAAUUUCUAAAUCAGUUCAUUUAUUUACUAGUUUUGAAGUACAGGAGAUUAAUUUUGUAUUGUAAGCCACUGCCAACUAGGUUUUGUAUUUUAACUUUAGAUAUCUUUAAUUGAAAGCAAAGGGUAAUACGGAUUUAUGAGAUUGACUCAGUUAUUCAACCAUCUUAAAUGCAUUGGCUGAUUAUGGAGCUAACCUUGAAAUCAGUUAAAGAAGGCUUCGCUUUUUGUGUAUUUUGACUGUCCAUAUUCUGUCAAUUGAAGAUAAUGCUUUAAUGGGUUUUAUACUCAUUAAGGGUUUAAUUGUUUAAAAAAUAAACUACCUGCAAACAUCUAAUUUUGCACUUAAUAAGCUAAAGGCCUUGUGUUCUGAAUUCCUUAUUAUUGGUAAGAUUUAAAUCUUCUUUGCAUGCUACUGAUGCUUCUGAGUUCUUCAAAUAGUUUAUCUUGGGCUUUGAGUUAAAGAUUUUACUUCAGUUGAAGAGAAUAUAAAAUUUUGAUGAUUAAAUGGUUGUUCAUCUUGCUCUCUAUCACAAGUUGCAGGGUUAUACCAUAUGUUGGAAACUUUUGAAAUAGUGUUGUAGUUAUUUUAGGAAUGAGUAUCACAAAUGAAGCUUGUUAUCUUGGGUAUUACAUUGAAUGCACAGAGGAGAGUCGAUAAUGAUCUUAAGCUGGUGACAUGUGCUGAUAAGCUGUCCAAGCAUAAGGCUUUCAAUCCAAUGGGGAGAAAUGUGUGACAAGAAUGGAUCCUCAGGCUUUCGUAAGGUUGUCAAUAGGCUCACUUGGGUUGAGGAUUCCUGGAUCAACUUUGAAUUCUGCAAAAUCUGAAAUUCAUACAUUUUCUUCCCCAUGUUUAUGUGAUAUACGACUACGGGGUUUCCCAGUGCAGACCACAUCAGUUCCAUUAGUAUCCUCACCUGAAGCUCUACCUGAUAUUCAUACCAUUGCCUCGAGCUUUUAUCUGGAAGAAAAUGAUCUGAAAGCCUUGUUGACACCUGGCUGUUUUUAUAACCCUCAUGCAUAUUUGGAGAUCAUAGUUUUCUCUGGAAGGAGAGGGUUCCAUUGUGGUGUCGGCGUCAAAAAACACCAGAUUGGGACUUUUAGAUUGGUAGUGGGUCCUGAAUGGGGUGAAGGGAAGCCAAUAAUUCUGUUCAAUGGAUGGAUAGGCAUUGGAAAAAAUAAGCAGAUGAGUGGAAAGCCAGGAGCAGAACUUCAUUUAAGAGUGAAACUUGAUCCUGAUCCAAGAUAUGUUUUCCAGUUUGAAGAUGUGACAAUGUUGAGCCCACAGAUAGUCCAGCUUCAAGGUUCCAUAAGGCAGCCAAUUUUUAGCUGCAAGUUUAGUCGAGACAGGGUGACACAGGUGGACUCAUUGCCCAUUUACUGGUCAGGUUCUGCUGACAGUGCUGAUAUAGAGACUGAAAGAAGGGAAAGGAAGGGAUGGAAGGUGAAGAUACACGACCUCUCUGGCUCGGCUGUUGCGGCAGCAUUCAUAACAACUCCCUUUGUUCCAUCAACAGGUUGUGAUUGGGUUGCCAGGUCCAGCCCAGGAGCUUGGUUGAUUGUUCGCCCUGAUGCAUGCAGGCCUGAGACCUGGCAGCCAUGGGGAAAGGUUGAAGCCUGGCGGGAGCGUGGCAUCAAAGAUUCCAUUUGCUGCCGAUUUCAUCUCCUGUCAGAAAGCCAGGAAGCUGGCGAGGUUCUCAUGUCUGAGAUAUUUUUAAGUGCAGAGAAGGGUGGAGAGUUUUUUAUUGAUACUGACAAAAAAUUACAGACAGUUGCUACUCCAAUUCCAAGUCCGCAAAGCAGUGGAGAUUUUUCUGGAUUGGCUCCGGUUGUUGGAGGGUUUGUGAUGAGCUGUAGAGUGCAAGGAGAAGGUAAGAGCAGCAAGCCAAUGGUACAACUAGCGAUGCGACAUGUUACAUGUGUGGAGGAUGCUGCUAUCUUCAUGGCACUUGCAGCUGCAGUUGAUCUCAGCAUUGAGGCCUGCAGGCCUUUCCGCAGAAAGUUGAGGAGACGAUCUCACCAUUCAUUAUAAGAGUUGGAAAUGAUAUGCUUAGUUUCCAUGAACAAAGAAUGACUGUAUUUUAUGAUUGUUGUAACAUUUGGCAUUGUGUACAGGAUUUUUCUCUUCUGAUUCUGGACGGAUUACGGAUUGCGUCUUUUCUACCCAAAA